AUGUCAGCUGCAUCUCUAGAACAUUUCACCCUCUUUCACAAGUUCCCCCCAGAGCUCAAACUCGAGAUCCUGAACCUCUGCUCCAGAAACGAUCUAAUAUGUCUCUCAUUAACCGGUCCUGAUAUGCGAAAUCUCGUAACACCACUCAUCCCCAGCAAACCUAAUCUCACCUGGGUCGAUCAACUUGGUCCAACACCAGACGUCCCUUCAGAAUGUCGAGAUCCGUAUCACAACAACAUUCCCCGCCGCUCAGAUUGCGGCGGCGCAAGAGAACAGGAAGUCAUCUACUUCCCAACCAGUCAUCGCUUCAGACGCCAUGAAUACAGAGGCUGCAAGAUCUGCUACAGAUGUCGAACGUACCCAACAGAUCACCCAGCACUCAUGGACGGAAAAAGGUCCGAAAAACACCAAACAACCACUGGAGUCAUAGUAAAGGACGAUCCUAUGGAAACCGAUGGUGGAGAAAAUGGGGCACACAUGGAAUUGAUCACGAGGCAUACCAGCCCGAAGGUAGUGGAAGACGAAACGCAAGGGUUGUUUAACCGCUUUCAUUCACUUCAGGCGAAUCCCUAUAAUAACACAUUCUACGCUUUUGAUACCAAGACGCUAGGCUCCUCAAACCGGGAUGCUACGUUGGCGCAUGGGGUAACCUCCACCAUUUGA